AUGCCACGAGCCCCGCCAGGCAUACGUCAGCGUGAGGUCUAUUCGGAAUUACUGGUGAGCACCGGACUGCUUUUCGAGAAACGCCACAAAGCGCGCCAACUGGCUGACCUCGCGCAGCUUCACAUUCAGGCCAAGUGCUACCUAGACAGAUGGGUAAGCAGUGAGCAAGUGAACCGCGAAGUGGAAGUCGCGCUAGAAGGCGAAGGUGAGCAGUCUCCGGAAAUCUUCGAUACUCCAGGAGACGAUUUGCACGCCGAAGGGCCAGUGAUCCGAUCCGUUUCGAGCAACGCAGCCUAUGACGCCGAAUAUAACUGGGGAGAUCACCAUCGUACUGGAACAAAGGUGUAUUUAGCAACGAGCAGUAGCGUUAAUGAAGAAGGGCCUGAAUGUGGUGAACAGAGUGACGUAGGGGAUGCUGACGAUAUCGAUAACCCGGCGCAAUCAGCAACUACUGUUUUGGUGGAUAACAUUGGACGGGUCGAUCCAGUCGCUAAAACCACAUCUGGUGAUGCUGUUGUGAACAUUUUGGGAGAGGAUGAGACACCUGCAGGGGCAUUAGAGGAAACAGGUGACGCAAAGAAAAUAAAGCGUUACCCGAAUCUUACUGUGGCAAAAAUAAUCUGGACUUCUUGUUUCUUAACACAGCUCAUCGUAUCCGCAGCGAUAGUUAUAACGCUGUAUUUGUCGAAUAGGUUUGGCUGGAACGAAAAAUUCAGGAGUCUCCACAUCGUAUACCCAUUCGCUGCAUACUUCAGCACGCGUGUGAUAGCACAAGGCGCAAUUGAUUGGACCUUAACGAGAUACGUUAGAUCGUAUCAAACGGUUGCGAAGACGUAUACACGGCAGGAAUUAUAUCGCGUGAUCAACGGGACAAUUAACAAUACGUGCCUUGUGUUGGCCGUGGCUGCAGCUUCAUUACCGAACACUGUAUCCGAGGACUCUAUCACAUACGCUACGGUGACGAGUCCGUACAUUGGGAUUAUCGCAGCGAUUCUUUCUAUUAACGUCGUAGCAACGUUAUACCAGUGCUUUUCGAAAUAUCGGCUUCUACGCGACUUAUCGGCUUGA